GCCAUUUCUAGAGGAGUUGCCGCAGGUCGUAGUCGUGCCUGUAUUAAUUUAACACUUGUUUUAAGCUCCUAUAUUCAAAAAUGCCUUCUCAAGAAAAUGAUGUUCCAAGCCGUUUCAGGAAAUUUAAGAACAAGGGGAAGGAUUCAGAAGAAAUGCGAAGGAGGCGGAAUGAAGUUAGCGUCGAACUUAGAAAAGCUAAAAAAGAUGAGCAAUUGCUUAAAAGGAGAAACAUAACAACAAGUAUCGACGAACCAGUCAGCCCUCUUCAUGAUAACAAUUCCCGGAUGUUAACAACAAUAGAAGAAAUUACUGCCGGUAUGCAUAGCAACGAUGAACAAAUACAGUUCAUUGCUACUCAGUCCGCACGUAAGACUCUAAGCAGAGAAAAAAAUCCGCCAAUUGACACACUCAUCGAUUCUGGUCUCGUUCCUCGGUGUAUCGAAUUCUUAGCAUAUUCUCACAACCCUUCGUUACAAUUUGAAGCAGCUUGGGCUCUGACAAAUGUAGCUUCGGGAACUUCAAAUCAAACACUCACUGUAAUAAAAGGUGGCGCCAUUCCAAAACUGGUAUCCCUCCUGUCUUCUCCUUACCCACACGUUGCUGAGCAGGCGGUAUGGGCUCUUGGAAAUAUUGCAGGUGAUGGAUCAGAAGCGAGAGACUUGGUCUUAGAGUGCAACGCUAUGCCCGCUCUCUUGGAAUUGAUCAAACCUGACACAAGUGUAUCGUUUCUCCGAAACAUCGUAUGGAGCUUGUCCAAUCUGUGCCGUAAUAAAAAUCCUCCCCCUCCAUUCCACAUGGUGAAAAUUUGUCUGCCUUACCUUUGCAAACUUUUGAGUUAUUCUGAUAACGAAGUCAUAACUGAUACCUGCUGGGCCCUGUCUUAUUUGACCGACGGACCUAACGAUAAGAUCCAAGCAGUGAUUGACAGUGGUGUUGUUCCUCGUCUAGUGCAGCUGCUCAUGAGCAGUGAAGUGUCCGUUUUAACGCCCGCUCUAAGGACAGUUGGCAACAUUGUCACUGGAAACGAUUCUCAGACUGAUCAUAUCAUCGCUGCUGGUGGCCUACAACAAUUGGCUCUCUUAUUGCAACAUACAAAAUCAAACGUAGUAAAAGAAUCUGCUUGGACCAUUUCGAAUAUCACUGCUGGAAAUGUUGAUCAAAUAGAACAUGUUAUCAAUAAUGGAAUUUUAACACCUCUACUUGAUGUACUGAGAAAGGGAGAUUAUAGAUCACAGAAGGAGGCAGCUUGGGCCAUCACUAACCUGACUUCUGGUGGGAGCGUCGAGCAGCUGGCGACUGUCGUUCGAGUGGGAGCUAUCCCGCCCAUGUGUGCUCUGUUGGACAGCCAAGACUGGAAAACUGUUACCGUCAUCCUCGAUGGUCUUUCAAACUUGCUUCAGGCAGCUGAAAAAACUGGUGAAGUCGAUAGGGUAGCUCUAAUGAUUGAAGAAUGCGGAGGUCUUGAAAAGAUCGAAAUGUUGCAACAUCAUGAAAACGAACAGGUCUACCAGAAGUGUUCAACUAUAAUAGAACAGUUCUUUUCAGCACCAGAAGAAGACGAGACAUUGCCAAUGACAAAUGAUGGUAAUGGUCAUUUGAACUUUUGUGUUAGCUCAGAGAGGAACAUCAAUUUCUAAAUCAUUCGUUAUAUUUUUACAUUUCGUAUAUAUAAGUGUUAUAGGAUUUAAUAAUGUUAUCUUGUAUUAUAAUUUUGUAUUGAAUAUUUGUUAAUCGUACACGCCUUUAUAUUAUUACAUAAGACUUUUUUUUACGUGGUAGGGCAUUUAAGCAAAAUAAAUUUAAAAAAAAAUAUUUUCAUUGAUUCAUUAAUUUUUUAAAUAAAAGGAAAUAAAGUUGUUUCAGUAUUG